GUUCAGGUUGUUAGACCAGAGAGACCAGUCAGCGACUCUUCAGCUCCAACUAGCAGGACCACCUCUCGUCAGUGUCUCUGACAACGCUAUAGAUAAAUAUGUCCAAGUUGGAGCAAAUCCUUGUCCUCGACCCCCCCUGUGACCUCAGAUUUAAAGGUCCCUUCACUGAUGUCGUCACCACCAACCUGAAGCUGAAGAACCCGUCUGAUAGGAGUGUAUGUUUCAAAGUGAAGACCACAGCUCCCAAGAGAUACUGUGUACGGCCCAACAGCGGCAUCAUCGAUGUAGGUGCUACCGUCACCAUCUCUGUAAUGCUCCAGCCCUUCGACUACGACCCCAACGAGAAAAGUAAACACAAAUUCAUGGUCCAGAGUAUCUUUGCGCUUCCUAAUGUGGCUGAGAUGGAUGCAAUGUGGAAAGAUGUGAAACCUCAUGACCUCAUGGAUUCCAAGCUGAGAUGUGUAUUCGACCUGCCUUCUGAAAACAAUGAAGUGAUCGACGUGGAGUUGAGCAGCAACACGACGGCUCCCGUACAGAACUCGUCCAAGGCGGCUCCCGUGCUGACAGCGGCGAAGACCGCCAGCGUCUCAACCAACGCCUCUGAGAUGAGGAAACUAACAGAGGAAUGCAGGAGACUUCAGGCUGAGAUGGACAAGCUGACCGGCGAAAACCGUCAACUCAAGGACGACGGCGUUAGAAUGAGAAGGGCUGCCCAGCGUUCUGACCACAUGACAUCAAACCAGACGGGCUCCUCCUCCUCCUCCAUGAUGCAACAGACGACCGCCGCCUCCCUCCCCUCUCUCCUCGUUGUCAUAGCAGCCAUCUUCAUCGGAUUCUUCAUCGGGAAGUUCAUCUUGUAAACUGGAACUGGCUCUGAAAUGGCACCCUAUUUUCUAUUUUGUGCACAAUUUUUUUUGUUGAGCAGAACCGAUAGGGAGUCCCAUAGGGGCCUCUGGUUCAAAGUAGGGCACUACAUAGGGAAUAGGGUGCCAUUUCGGACAGCGCGCCCUGGGAGAAGCAAGACGCCUGCCGUAUCUAAUGACAACCCCUCGGCUCCUGAAUCAAAAGGCCGAAAGGGUGGAACUGACUAACCAAGAAGGAAAGACUUUGUGUUGACUUUGCCAUAUCAGAAGUAGUGCUCUGUCUGCAGUGGCCAUGUUGUCUGUCUGUACAGUACGAGGGCCCCCACUGCCUUUCUGCAAGCCUUUACACAUGGUUAGUGUACACACAGAGGGGAGAGAGGAAAGGAAAGGAAAGGAAAGGAAGGAAGAUAACGAAAAAGAUGGUUCCGUUUAGUUUUUCUGCCUUGUUUUUGCUGGAUGGACAGACAGCCUAAGUGCAGGUAUGAGAUGUACGUACCAAAUAGCACCUUUAUUCCCUGCAUAGUACACUACUUCUAAUGGUCCUGGUCAACAGUAGUGCACUGCACAAGGAAUAGGGUGCCUUUUGGGGGACACACAGGAAGUGGUACACUAUCAAUCAACACGGAGGACAGUUUAUGACGUGCCUAGGCCCUGUUAGAGUACUUUAACGCACCGUUCCUACCUUACGAGGUAAGCAUAGCUCCAUAAGUGGUUAGAUCGGUGAAAAGCCCCCCCCCCCCCCCCCCCCCCCUUAUUACUUUACCCAAUUCAGAUCUGUGAUUCCUUCAAGGAAGAUGGGUAGGAAGGAACUAAUGCAUGAUGGGUAGGAAGGAACUAAUGCAUGGUGGGUAGGAAGGAACUAAUGCAUGGUGGGUAGGAAGGAACUUAUGCAUGAUGGGUAGGAAGGAACUAAUGCAUGGUGGGUAGGAAGGAACUAUGCAUGGUGGGUAGGAAGGAACUAAUGCAUGGUGGGUAGGAAGGAACUAAUGCAUGAUGGGUAGGAAGGAACUAAUGCAUGAUGGGUAGGAAGGAACUAAUGCAUGAUGGGUAGGAAGGAACUAAUGCAUGAUGGGUAGGAAGGAACUAAUGCAUGAUGGGUAGGAAGGAACUUAUGCAUGAUGGGUAGGAAGGAACUAAUGCAUGAUGGGUAGGAAGGAACUUAUGCAUGAUGGGUAGGAAGGGAACUAUGCAUGAUGGGUAGGAAGGGAACUAUGCAUGAUGGGUAGGAAGGGAACUAUGCAUGAUGGGUAGGAAGGGAACUAUGCAUGAUGGGUAGGAAGGGAACUAUGCAUGAUGGGUAGGAUGGGAACUAUGCAUUUCUUAAGUAUUGGAACACGGUCCUAGUCACCAUGGGGACAUGAAGCAGUUGAAUAAACCAAUCGUCUUCUCUCGCUCUCUCACUCUUUUUUUUAAUUAUAAAAAAAAUAAAAAAUAGUACUUGAAUGAAAUGUUAAGUGAAACAUUUUUAUUUUAAUCCUUUUUUUUAAGCUAAAAAGGAGAGAACUACUUCUUCCGUUGUCCAAACACCGACCACCUCGCUACUUAAUGCAGGAUCGCCUCUGAUGUAGUCCGUACAAAAUGGUACUCCUAUUCCCUGUAUAAUGUCCCGCUUUUCACCAGGGCCUGUAGGGCGAUCUGGUAUAAAGUAGUGCACUAUAUGGCUGGAUGGAUAUAUGGACGAACGGAUAGAUGGGGUGCCAUUUGGGACGGAGACGUCGACUACUUGAUUUGUUCAGUUUAGUAAUUUCUCUACUUCUCUGGGAAAUGUUUCUAGUCCAUCUGGGACAAAGGUCCUUCCCUACUUCCUGUCCAAUUCUAUCCCUACUUCCUAUCCUAUCCCUACUUCCUAUCCAAUUCUAGCCCUACUUCCUGUCCAUCCUAGCCCUACUUCCUGUCCAAUCCUAUCCCCACUUCCUGUCCAAUCCUAUCCCCACUUCCUGUCCAAUCCUCUCCCCACUUCCUGUCCAAUCCUCUCCCCACUUCCUGUCCAAUCCUCUCCCCACUUCCUGUCCAAUCCUCUCUCCUUACCUUCUGAGGCAAAUGUUCUUAACCCCAUCCCUCCCAUGGUAUUAAGCAUUGAAGAAAUAAAACUGAAAACAAUGUUG